AUGGAAGAGUUGGCAGCAGGCUGGGUGGCGCGCUGCCCGUGGAUGUGGGCUGCCAACGCCGGCGGCGGCCGCAGGGCCGGUGCCGGGCUCACCUGCCUCUGCACGCUGCUGCUGCUCGCCGGGGACCUCCCGCAGGCAGGGCAGAGUGCCUACAUCAACCUGACGGCGCUUGGCAGGUCCGCGUCCAUUCCGCUGUCCAUGGACGACGACUCGCCCUACCUGAGAGACCUCUACUGGCCACUAAACGACUCGUGGCAGCUCGCUGGCUUCGAUGGCGCAGAGGAUGGACACCUCAUCGGUGACUUCCUGGGCGAGCUCCAUUCGACACCGCGGCCUCUGCUGAGACAGCCCUCCGGUCCUCCGGAACCAGAGUUCGACUCCGGGCUGGUGACAAAUGUGACGGCGCAGCUGGGAGCCACGGCCUACCUGCACUGCCGCGUCAAGAACCUGGGUGAGCACUCGGUCUCGUGGGUGAGGAGGCGAGACUGGCACAUCCUGUCCUCGGGACUCUACACGUACACCAACGACGACCGCUUCCAGGUAACCAGCUUCAACAACCGAGAAGACUGGACGCUGCAGAUACAAUACGUCCAGAAGAGGGACAACGGCACUUACGAAUGUCAGGUGGCGACGGACAACGGCCUGAUGUCGCACUACUUCAACCUGCACGUGACGGUGCCAACAGCGUUCAUCCUGGGCAACGGGGAAUACCACAUCGGCGAGGGCAGCACCAUCUCUCUCGUCUGCAUAAUCGAAAAUAGCGAGACGGCGCCCCGGCCGGUGCUGUGGUGGCACAACGAGCGGCCGCUCGACCAGAGCGGCGUGGCCGGCGUGUCGGUGAUCACGGAGCCGGGCCCGCGCACGCACUCGCGCCUCGUCGUGUCGCACGCGACGCGCGCCCACUCCGGCAACUACACGUGCGCCGCGCCCGACACCGAGCCCGACACCAUCAACGUGUACGUCUCGCAAGGUGACAACACAGCAGCCAUCCAGAAGCAAGAAGCAUCCGCCGGGUUUCAUCCUUCGCCGGUUUGGCAUCUUGCCGCUAGUAUAAUAAUUGCCAUCUUGAGGGAACUUAGUCGAUGA